AUGGAUGUUCGGACCCGAGUUCUUCUCGUCACCUUUCUAAUAAUUCACUCAGGAUUUGCACUUGCGCGAUUAUGUACGACGGGGGUCGUGAAUUAUCGAUUGACUAGAUUACAUACUAUUGUGAUGACAUUAACGGGAAUGAUGUUCGCAUCGACCUACAUUUGGAGAAGGGUCAACAUUUCCAUACGGUAUUUCUUUCCAAGCGCUCCUGAAGUAAACCGAAGGCUUCGAUUACUCUGUGUUAAGGAUAUUGCUCAAGGAUUCCUAAUCCUAUUCCUAUUUUUAUCGCAUAUCGCCUUCUUCUUCUUUUAUAUUUUUCUUGGCUCUGAGCCGAAUUUUUUUGCGUUCAUUUGCUUAACACUGGUCGCUGCCUAUGCGCAUUUACUUGUUUUCCUGAUUCUCGCCGACGCUUUUUACCAAAUUUCGAAGUUAGUUCAUAAGAAAAUCACUUCAAACAGUGUCUAUGAGUAUCUUAAAGCCAACAGAAGCUAUCAUAUUUUUCUUGCCUUGGUGCUCGCAUUCCUCUUCACAUUCGGAGGAUUGUAUGCAACUCAAAGGGAUCCUAUCAUAACAAGAGCAAAUAUUCCGAUGAAGACGUUCGAAAACGAUUCUGGCGGUAAUGUUACACUUGCUCUCUUAACUGAUAUUCACAUUGGGCCAACUGUUGGUAGGCGAAGAAUUAGUACGAUCGUAAAAAUGACAAAUGAGCUCAAACCAGACAUUAUUGCAAUUGCCGGUGAUCUUGCUGAUGGGUUGGUGGUUGAUCUCAAGGGUGCCGCUGAGCCACUUUGUGAGCUCCGAGCUCCCGGAGGUGUCUACUUUGCAACUGGUAAUCAUGAAUACAUGCAUGGAGAUGUGCGGGAAUGGUUCGACUUCUUAAAGAAAUGCAAUAUUACGAUACUGCACAACGCAAAUCGGCAUGUUAAUAUAAAUGGACAUGAAUUCUGUAUGGCUGGAGCUGACGACCUUUAUGCGGAAAAGGCACAUUUACCUGGUCAUGGCAUGGAUUUGAAGAAGAGUCUUGAAGGGUGCACACAAGACUCCACCAAUAUUCUACUGGCUCAUCAGCCCAAUGCAGCCAAACGAGCUCUAGAUGACGCUGACUUGUCUCAACGAGUGAAUUUGAUUUUGUCAGGACACACUCACGCUGGCCAAAUGUAUCUAUUCGUGCCAAUAGUUCAUAUAGCAAAUGCCUUUGUUAGAGGUCUCUAUUAUAACAAAAUUGCUGAUAAUUAUGUUUACGUAAGUGCUGGCGUCAACUACUUUGGUCCACCAAUCAAAAUCUUUGGAGGAUGUGAAAUCAUCCAAAUCAAUAUGUUUAAACCGUGA